AUGUCAGAUUACGAAGAUGAGAUGGACGUGGAUGACGCCCCGGUCAAGGAGUCGGUCAUGUUCAGCUCUGACAACACCAACGCAAAGGGCAAAAGAAGCGCGGCAAACCUGCCCGUAGAGGCAGAGGACAGCCUACCUUGGGUAGAGAAGUACAGACCAAACACAUUGGACGAUGUCUCGGGUCAUCAAGAUAUUUUAGCCACAAUCAACAAAUUUGUCGACACCAAUCGAUUGCCCCAUCUCCUACUCUACGGCCCACCAGGUACAGGCAAAACAUCAACGAUACUCGCGUUAGCACGGCGAAUUUAUGGCAACAGAAACAUGAGGCAGAUGGUGCUCGAGCUCAAUGCUAGUGAUGAUAGAGGCAUAGACGUCGUGCGGGAACAAAUCAAGACUUUUGCAAGCACCAAGCAGAUCUUCUCAGCAGCGCCCAAGGCCGGUGACACGCCCUCAUCAGGAGCUUACAAGCUCAUUGUUUUGGACGAGGCCGAUGCUAUGACUUCAGUGGCUCAAAUGGCCUUGCGGAGGAUCAUGGAAAAAUACACGGCCAAUACGCGAUUUUGCGUAAUCGCCAACUAUACCCACAAGCUGUCGCCAGCAUUACUAUCAAGAUGCACGAGGUUCAGGUUCAGUCCUCUGAAAGAACCAGAUAUUAGGCAGCUCGUCGAUAUCGUGAUCGAAAAAGAAGAUGUCAAAAUUCAGCCUGAGGCAGUUGACAGUCUUGUACGGCUGAGCAAAGGUGACAUGAGGAGAGCUUUGAACGUUCUUCAAGCAUGUCAUGCAAGCAGCACUCCAUUAUACAUCAAAGGCCAACCACCACCCAAAAAUCCCAAACGUGAAAUGAUAACCAACGCCACCAUUUACGACUGCAUCGCCGCCCCUCACCCUUCUGACAUCGAACUCAUCCGCGACACCCUCAUGGAAAGUUCCGACGUCACCUCCUGCCUCAACACUGUCAACAUGCUCAAAGCGAACAAAGGCCUAGCAUUAGCAGAUAUACUAACGGCCCUAGGAGAGGAGCUGGCGAAACUAGAAGUACCACCACAGACGAGAGUAGCAUGGCUUUCAGGACUUGCCGAAGUGGAGUACAGGUUAAGUGGUGGAGGCAGUGAAGUGGUGCAGACUGGAGGGUUGGUGGGUGUGGUCAGAGGAGGGGUCGAUUUGAUGGAGCAUGGAGGGACGAGGUAG